AUGUCUCCAGCCAUGAAAAACCCUGAGCCUAACCUCGACAUUAGCUUCCAAGACUACCUGAUCCUAUCCAAGCUCGUGUUCGACUGGGCAGAUAGCUAUGAUGCCAAGGACUGGGAACGCCUGCGUGGCAUCAUUGCCCCAACACUGACGGUGGACUAUACCGAGGUCGGCCUAAGAAGAUGGGAUGACAUGUCCGCCGAGGAGUAUAUGGGGAUGGUUACGCAUCCAGGCUUCCUUGGGGACCCAACCAUCAAGACACAGCAUCUUCUAGGCCAGACAUGGUGGGAGAAGAUCUCCGACACUGAGGUGAUUGGCCAUCAUCAGCUGCGUGCCGCGCACCAGGUGUAUACCGAUGAAACCCUGAAGGAGGUGAAGCUGCGCGGACACGGGCAUGCGACCAAUGAACACUACUAUCGCAAAGUAGAUGGCGUUUGGAAAUUUGCUGGAUUGAAGCCACACGUACGAUGGAAUGAGCUUCGCUUCGACGAGGUCUUCAGAGGACUUGAUUGA